UUUUGUAAUCCAUUCGAAGCAUCGAAGCCGAUCGGUGCAUCUCGUUUGGUCCGCCGUCCGGGUACGUUUUUAUUCCACGCCGAGUAUACGGGUGCAGGCAUAAAGGAGCUGUACACCAUACAGAAUAAAUACCUAUAGAGUACCUACGUCAUAUACAAUCCCCGGGCAUUAACAAGUUGAAAAGUUACAUAACUUCACCGUUCUCAAACUGCAACACACGUUUCAAUAUUGACGUCUCAUUUACAGCGGUUCUUCACUACGAUGUCGAUGUAUUCGCAUCGCGGUUACACAAGUAGAGACUCCAGAUAUUUGAAAUUUAGCACCCAAGCUGCGGUCCAAUUGCAACGGCGGCACAAUAAAUCGUCCAACCACUAUGAUGGCGCGGUCGCAGUCGCCGCCGCCGCCGCCGGUCAGCUGCUCGACGACCUGAGCCACAAAGACUCCAUGCAACUCAAAAGCCUCGUCCACAAGACAUUUUCCACGUGCAACGUCAAUCUGAUACACACGGUAAAUGCCCCUCAGAUGUAUGGCAUGUACUUGUUGCGCAAGGAGGAAAUGCGGUUGGCCCACGUGGGACAAAGUGACAAGGAACUUAUCCUUUAUCACGUCACCACCAAGUCCAGGGCAGUGGAGUCGUUGAAAAACGGACUUGACUGGCGGCGCACUCGACGUUCCAAGUUCGGGAACGGUGUGUCGUUCAGCGACGACGCCGACUAUGCCAACUAUUAUGCCGACAAGUUCACCAAAGAAGACAGUCGGGUGAUCAUCGUCUGUGCGGUGCUGGUGAAUAAAACGCAUCGGGUAUCCGGUAAACGUAACGAGGGGAAUUUGAUCGUACCGCCAGGCAGUGUCGACACGACGGUGAGCCCCAACGGCCGCGUGUACGUCAAGUACAACGACUACGACUUCUAUCCGCUGUACUUUAUGCACUAUCAACGGACACCAGAACACCUGAACGAAAGCAAAUAUUUCCAUAACAACCCCCAUAGUAAAUGGCAGCAAAACAACCGGGUGGUGCAGCAGCAACAGCAGCAGCGAGAGUUACAAGCGCAGCGCGAGCGAGAGCGUGCACAACGUGAGCGGGAGCUGCGGGCUCAGCGAGAGCAAGAGGCGUGGAGGCAACAGGAAAAGCAGCAGGCGCAGCGUUAUUUAGAUCAACUACGGCAGGAGCAGGAACUGCAGGAGCGCCGUCGACGAGAGCGGGAACAGGAGCUGUCGUACUCUCGGCAAGCACAGGGACCGCGUUCUCGAGAAAGCAAUAGCAAUUGUCUGAUUCUCUGAUGAUUGUAAUAUUUAAUGUUCGACUUGUCAGUAGUUUUUACGCGACCGAUUUCAACUAUAAUUGUCCGUAGAAUUAUUUGAAUUUUUUUUCUACCUUCGCUAAAUCGCACAAUUUUUGUUUACACUUUUCAUAUUUUCAUAUUAUACUCCACUCAGGUCUUCAUAAUUAUAGUUUGUACAAAGUUUUCUCUCUUGAACGAUUCUUCCUACCAAUCAUAAAGGUAUGGCGUUGUAACGUUUGAUUGGAUUUUUUAAAUACAUUCAAAUGAACGUAGGUCUCAUUAUACUCACACUAUUAUACCUGAGAAUUGUGUACCUACCUGUUAUACUUAUUUGCGAAUAAAUGGAUAAGAUAAC